CCUCCCCACUCUCUACUUCAUGCUGCUGAUGCUCAGCGUGGAGGAUCAGCGCCUCGUGGACAUCCGCCUCGAUCCGCGCAUCCCUCGCCGCCGGCCGCCGGCGGUGCCCGGCGGGCCGCGCCGCCACCCCUUUGACUUGGCCUACUACGCGCUCAGCCUGGCGGCGCCCCUCGCGAGCAUCCCACUCAGCCGGCAUCCCGGCUGGCGCUGGCUCGCCGAGGCGGCUGUCUGGUGCUCGGGCGGCUCGGUGCUGCUCGCGUGGCUGGUCGUCCGAUCGGACCGCUACUUCAACGCGGUCCUCGUCUUCGCGCAGUGCCUCGCGGCGCUACCUUCGCUCGCCAUCCUCGUCUCCGCCACGCGCGCCGCCGCGUGACCGUGAGACCCGCGGUCGAAAGUCCGCGAUGGAUGAUCGGGGAGAGGGAGAGGGCGUCCGCGCGGAUGAGAGACAUGGACACGGGCGAGAGGGGUACGUGGAGCAUGGGGGGACCUCGAGAGAGCGUGCGUGUGCCACGAACGCCAUCCAUGCGUGAUAUCCCACCCAGCCCUGGACCCGAAUCCAGCCCUCGCGCCAAAAAUAGCUCAAAUGUUC